AUGGCCACACAAGCCCUCGCGAACUGGUCCGUGAACCUGACCUAUGCUUCCCUACCAUCCGAAGUCAAAUCCGCCGCUGUCCGCAGCUUCUACAACUGGGCUGGCUGCACAGUUCAGGAGGGGGGCAUAGAUGUUGACGCGAUGCACGCUGCAUUAUUCAAUGGCAUCGCCUCCCAUGUCCACGACUAUGAUGAUACGCACCUAGAUACUAUCAUCCACCCAACUGGGCCAGUAGCAUCGGCAUUGCUAGCGAUAACCGAGUCACUGGAUCGCCCAGUCACCGGGGAGGAAUUUAUUACUGCGCUUGUUGCGGGUGUGGAGGCGGAGUGUAAGGUUGGAUUAGCGGUUUGGCCUAGCCACUACGAUGUUGGAUGGCAUAUCACAAGCUCAACGGGCGCGAUAGGCGCUGCCGUAGCCGUCUCAAAGCUCCUUGGCUUAAACGCUACCCAAACAGCACAUGCAAUCGGCCUUGCUGCAACACAGGUCACAGGACUACGAGAGAUGUUUGGCUCGCACACGAAAUCUUUCCAUCCGGGCCGAGCCGCUCAGAAUGGGCUUGUAGCUGCCGUUCUUGCAGAAGAAGACUAUACUAGUUCUACGCAGGCACUCGAAGCGGAACGUGGCUGGGCAAACGUGGUUAGUAGCUCCCAUGAACUCGAUGUGCAGAUCGGCAGUCUUGCACCCAGUGGACGGUGGGAGAUUGUGCAUAAUGCAUUUAAGCCAUUCCCCUGUGGGAUUGUGGUGCAUCCCGUGAUUGAUGGGUGUAUCUUGCUACAUGAAGAGCUAGAACGCUCUGGGUUGUCGAUUGAUCAGAUUGUUGAAGUUCAGGCGGAGGUUCAUCCCCUCGUUCUUGAGCUGACUGGUAAAACAGCGCCCAAGGAUGGGCUGGAGGGGAAAUUCAGUGUCUAUCAUGGUGGAGCGGUCGGACUAUUGUUCGGGAAAGCUACGCCGGCCCAGUACGAGGAUGGGGUCGUUACUGAUUCGCGGGUUGUGGGGGUGAGAAACCGGAUUAAAGCUAAGAUUAACGAGAAUUUCAAGGCUGAUGAGUGUCAUCUUACUGCUUUGCUGAGGAAAGAAAGUGGGGAGAAUGUCACGAUUGAGAAGCAUGUGAGUCAUGCGGUGUGGAGCUUGGAACGACCCAUGACGGAUGCUCAAUUAGUCCAGAAAUUCGUCGAUCAGUGCAUUCCUGUACUUGGUCAAGAAAAGACUGGGAAAGCCAGUCAAUGGUGUUGGGGUUUAGAAAAACAGUGCGACGUCCGCGGUAUCAAGGCAGUGCUGUAA